AUGAAGCGUGUGAAGGAAAGAGGAGAGGAAAAAAAGGAUCGAAUUGAGAGAAUACGAGAUGAUGCCAAGAGGAUAUCAACGGAGAUAAGUAUGUCCUCGGCCUGCUCACCGGCAGACUAUACCGACAUGCUGCUUCAACACUAUGCAAGCACAGUCAGUAUACGCAGCCUGCCCCCUGGAGGCACCAUUGAAAUUGUCUGUACUGAAAUAGGUCCGGAUGAUAACUAUGAAAUAACUCCCUUUGAAGAAACAAAUUCUACUCAAGAAGGUAAGUACACCGACUCCCAGAAGCGCACGUACACCGACUCCCAGAAGCGCACGUACACCGACUCCCAGCUCACGCAACCCGACUCCCAGCUCACGCAACCCGACCCCCAGCUCACGCAACCCGACCCCCAGCUCACGCAACCCGACCCCCAGCUCACGCAACCCGACCCCCAGCUCACGCAACCCGACCCCCAGCUCACGCAACCCGACCCCCAGCUCACGCAACCCGACCCCCAGCUCACGCAACCCGACUCCCAGCUCACGCAACCCGACCCCCAGCUCACGCAACCCGACCCCCAGCUCACGCAACCCGACCCCCAGCUCACGCAACCCGACUCCCAGCUCACGCAACCCGACUCCCAGCUCACGUACACCGACUCCCAGCAGCGCACAUCACUUGCCAAUCACCCUCAAGUUGACCUUGCAACCCGCGUACAAGCCAAUUCACACGACAGGACUCAUCACGCAGUUGAAAAGCGGGACCAAACAGCCGAAGCGCAACCUCAGCAAGCACAAUUAGUCACCAAGAAUGAUGCGGGGGCUCUAGUCACCAAGAAUGAUGCGGGGGCUCUAGUCACCAAGAAUGAUGCGGGGGCUCUAGUCACCAAGAAUGAUGCGGGGGCUCUAGUCACCAAGAAUGAUGCGGGGGCUCUAGUCACCAAGAAUGAUGCGGGGGCUCUGUCUUGA